AUGACAUCUACUCAAGACCUCCUCAAGCAGGCUGCAGAUAUUGCGUCCUCUAACCCAAAGCGUGCAGAGGAGCUUUACAAACAGAUAUUGGAUACCACGGCAUCAACCUCCAAUGGAUCGGCAGCCAAUACUGAUAAGGAACAGUCCUUGCGUGAUCAAGAGUCUGCCUUGAUCAAGCUCGCAGAGCUCUAUCGAGAUCAAAAAGAUGCUAGUGGCUUAGCGCAAGUCAUUACGCUCUCGAGAUCAUUCAUGUCUUCAACCGCCAAGGCAAAGACCGCCAAGCUCAUCCGCACGCUUCUCAACUACUUCAACUCCAUCCCUAACAGCCGGCAAACUCAAAUUGAUGUCCUAACCGACAAUAUCGAGUGGUCAAAGCGCGAAAAGCGCAUAUUCCUUAAGCACAGCUUGGAAAUUCGUCUUGUUUCCCUGCAACUUGAAGCACUGCAGUAUAAGCUGGCCUUAGCGCGGAUCGACGCACUCUUAACAGAGUUAAAAAGGCUCGAUGACAAGAUGAUUCUCACCGAAGUACACCUGCUCGAGAGCCGCGUCUACCGUGGCAUUGGAAAUCUUUCGAAGGCCAAGGCUGCACUCACUUCCUCCAGGACUGCUGCUAACUCAAUAUACUGUCCUCCUCAUCUGCAAGCAGCGUUAGACCUCCAGUCCGGUGUUCUCCAUGCCGAGGACAAGGAUUACACUACCGCAUACUCAUACUUUUAUGAAACUUUUGAGAACAUGUCAUCGCAGGAUGACCCAGCAGCGCUGAACGCCCUCAAGUACAUGCUUUUGUGCAAAGUCAUGCUGAAUAUGCCCGAAGAUGUAACGUCACUCCUCUCCAUCAAGCUCGCGGUGAAAUAUGCUCAGCUCCGCGAGAUCGAGAGUAUGCGUGCUAUAGCGCUUGCGCAUCAGAACCGGAACCUUGCCGAUUUCGAGAAGGCCCUUCGGGACUUCAAACACGAGCUCUCGUCGGACCCCACCAUUCGCUCGCAUCUUGCAGCGCUUUAUGACACCCUUCUCCAGCAAAACCUCCUACGCAUCGUUGAGCCGUACUCGGUAGUAGAGAUUGAGUACGUUGCCAAACAGGUCGGGCAAGGACGGCAGGACGUUGAGGCUAAGCUAUCGCAGAUGAUAUUGGACAAGGUGUUUCAUGGCGUGCUGGAUCAGGGGCGAGGAUGCCUAAUCGUAUUUGAUGAGCUAGAAGCAGACAACACGUAUGGUGCAGCAAUUGGGACUCUAGAGCAGGUUAGCAAGGUCGUGGACUCGCUGUAUGCCAAAACUGUUAAGAUUGCAUAG